AUGAAUAUAUGGUAUGUCACAGAACCUUUCGAAGUUGCGUGCGUUCAAGUUCUUGAUUCUCCAACUUCUGACGACGAGGAAGAUAACGAUGUACCCAAUGGUGAUGGUCCAGGUUCAGACGACGACGGCGACGACGGCGACGACAAUGGUGUGGGUCCUGGUGGUCCUGGUGGUUUUGGUGCCGGUGCCGGUGGUGCCCACCUAAAGGGGCGGCCCUGUCUCUCUUUGUUAAUCACCACCAUUUCGAUUGUUUCAGCAUUCAAAAAAUCACUAUGGCUAAUUAUAAACGACUUGCAAGGCCGGUCAGGGACUGGUCCAGCUAGUGAUGCCGAUGUUCGGUUCGGUCCAGUUCACCCACCACUUUUCCCGAACCCCGAACCCGAACCCCCUACCAAGUCCCCGAACCUGGAUUAA